AUGAAGAGGAGAACAAACCUAUUAAAAGCUAAAAAAAAUAUUAUAGGUUGCUUAAAUUAGUUGUAAAAAUAAUAUUGAUUGAAUCUUUAGAAAAAGAAAUAGCGAUUCCAGAAAUUUUGACAUGUUUAUGGUUUAAAAAACAUAAGGAGAAAAUAGUUGAAGGCUAAAUAAUCAAUUAAAAUUCUGUCCAAAUAUUACCUUCGAAGUAACGAUUGAUUCCCUCACUCCAAGCUGAACAACAAUUGAAAUUCAAGCAAGAAUAAGUUUAAUUGCAAACUCUUUUGGAUUUGCCUGAUACUGCUACUAAAGAAUUAGACAACUUUGAAAAUUUUAUAUAAUAAUUCCCCUGUGAUCCUAAAUAUGGGAGAGAUGUGGUUCUAAUAGAAAAAAUACUUAUUGUUGUUAACGGCAAGAAGGAUAGCAUCUAAAAUCAGUUAAUUCAAGUAAUGAGUGAUUAUUUGAAAAUAGAAAAAGUGAAGGAAUAAUUGAGGGAGAAAUUAGUAUUGCUUCCUAAAUUAAGAACUACUAAGACUUAAAUUAAUGACGAGCCUAUCUUGGAAAACAUCAUAAGAAUUAUAGAUAACUUAUAAUUAUACAUCAGUUCAAUUUAAAAGUGUAAGCCUUGUUUAUUUACUAAAUAAUUUAGUAAUCGUUCUAAGAAGUCAUUGUAAACAUCAUAAAAUUAAAAAUUAGAUAAGGAGGAAAUGAAAGUGUUUAUAUUAUCUGGAUUAAUUACUUUAAUUGACAAUGAAGUGUAUUUACCAGAAUUAAUCUUAUUCUUGGGAAUAAAAAAUAAAACGCAAAAGUUCAGUCUUUAGAUUAAUAAGAAUUAGAGAUUAUAAGAGUAUAUCAUUACAUAGAUGCAAUUGAAUCAAGUGGAAAUAACUGACUAAGUAGAGAGUAAGUUGCUUAUUAAGAAGAUAAAGAUUUAAGAUGGAGAGAAUAUACCUAUCAUUCAUAGCAGAGAUCAGGUUUCAGAGCCAUAAUUGAUUAUAAGAGCCUUGAGAUUACUAAGCAAUAGCGAUAUGACGAAAUAAUUGUCUGAAAUUUGGUAGAAACCUUCUAUAGUAAGUCUUAAAAAUCAGGUUUAUAAAAAUUGUUUAAAAAAAAAUAAAAAUGAUACUACAAUUGGAAAAAUAAAAAAUUUAUUUUAUAAAAUUGAUAACAAAUAUGAAAUAUUUAAUGAUAAUUAAUAAUGA